GCGAUGUUGGAGACGCUCCUGAUGCGGGGGGAGUCCGCCGCGGUAGGAGCGCCUCGCUUCGACGGCAAAGACUUUGAAAGAUGGCAGGCUCGGAUGAAGGUCCGCUUGCGGCUCUUUCACCCUCUUGUGUGGAGCAUCGUGGAAACCGGAUUCUCUUGUGUGGAUGAAGCAAACCCAACGGCUCUCGAGUUGAGGAACAUCCACUACAACGCCCAAGCCAUGAACGCCAUAUACUGUGCCCUGAGUGAUGAUCAGCUCUACCGGAUCUGGCAGUACGAGAGUGCUAAUGAGGUCUGGGACGCUCUCCAGGUUAUGCAUGAAGACACCCCAAUCGUUCAUGAGUUAAAGGUCAAACAGUUGAGGGAGAAGAUGAGGUUGUUUGCAUGGAGGAAGCACGAAUCCCCCCAUGACAUGUUUGGGAGGCUCCAGACUUUGGUCACCAAGAUGAAGAGCCUUGGAUGCGAAGAGGUGACAGAUUCUUAUGUUGUCAGGAAGAUGCUUCGUGCCAUGACACCAAGGAGCUCAAUCUUUGUGACCAUCAUCCGCGAGGGGCCUAACUUUGAAGAACUCACCCCUCUGGAUGUGCUCCGUAGUUUCGUCGAGUAUGACAUGUGGCAAGAAGAGUCCAGAAUCAUCCGCGGGUACGAGCCAAAGGUGGACGCUGUCAUGCGGAGGGCGCCCGCCCACGAUGAACAUUGCUCCGGAGAAGUCCCUUGCUUCGACGGCACACACUAUCUAUCAUGGCAGCGUAGGAUGAAAUUCCAUUUGCUUAGCAUUCACCCUCUUCUGUGGAGAAUUGUGGAGACUGGUUUCUCUUGUGUGGAUGAAGCAAAUCCAACGGCUCUUGAAAAGAGAAAUCGACAGUACAAUUCCGUAGCUAUAUGGGCCUUAGGUAAUGCCUUAAGUCAUGAUCAAUUCAUGAGGAUUUGCUACUAUGAGAGUGCUAAGGAGAUUUGGAAUGCUCUCCGAAAAUUUAAUAAAGCAGUUCGUGAGUCAAAGCUCGGCUAUUUGAGGAUAGAUAUGGACAGGUUCACCUUAGGAAAACAUGAGUCCCCCAGUGACAUGUAUGCAAGGCUUAACAAUUUGGUCAAUGAGAUGAAGGGUCUUGGGUGCAAAGAGAUGACUGAUUCCUAUGUUGUGAGGAGGAUGCUUCGUGCCAUGGCUCCAACGAACGCAAACUUGGUUUUCCUCAUCCGCGAGAAGCCUAACUUUGAACUACUCACCCCUCUGGAUGUGCUUGCAACAUUCCUCCUCUACGACAUGGAGCAGAAAGAAUCCAAAAUCAUGAGUGGGUAUGCUUUGCCACGCUCAGGCAAAAAGGUCAAUGCUGCCUUGAAGGCCAAGCAAGUCCAGGUGGAGGAAUCAAGCGAUGAUGAAAACGACCAUGAUCAAGGCCGAGGGCAAAUUCAACAAGGAAUGCAAGAAAUGUCUCUCUUGGGGAAGAAAUAUGGAGCAUUGCAUGGAAAAAAAGGCUACGAAGCAAGAAGCAAUUUCUCUGACAAGUCCAAAAUGAGGAAAUCAAAGAGGUAUUGCUAUCAAUGUGGUGAUCCCAAUCAUUUCAUUGCUGAUUGUCCUAAGAAGGAGGACAGGAAAGUAGAGAAGGAGAAGAGCAAAUACAAGAGGAAACCAUUCAACGACAAGGGCAAGCCAUACAAGCCAGAGUGGCAGAAAGGUGUGGAGGCACAACCUCACGUCAGUGUGGGAGUGGAAAGUGCCGUUCAAAGAUGCAGAGGCGCUGGACUUAGACGGCUUCGUAGCCCGGUUAAUGGAGAACCUGAGAACUCCACUUCGGCGUUGAAGAGGGGGCUGGUGCCGAAUCUGCCAAGGAAACCUGCCGCCCAGCUGAUGUAGACCGAACCUCGAUGGCGAGAUCCGAUCUGUUGUUGCAACCCGACC